AUGGCUGGUGCGAUUUUGUCUAUCUGCUUGCACUUCGCUCAGUCAACCAGCUCAUCGGCUGCUUCUGGACGCCAUUUCGUUUCUCUUAUCCUAUUAUACUCUGGUGCAGUUGCAGCUGUAGCAGUGCACGUUCUCUUGCGCGAGAAGGCAGGAGGGUCGGCUAGAAUGGCUCCCAAGGCCAUCAAGGAGAUCCGGAAGUUUGCUGCGAAGGCCAUGAACACCAAGGAUGUGCGUGUGGAUGUGAAGCUCAACAAGCAAGUAUGGUCACGCGGUGUGCGCAAUGUUCCCCGCCGUGUGCGCGUGCGCAUUGCUCGGAGGCGCAACGAGGAUGAGGACGCCACUGAGGAGUUCUACUCCAUUGUCACCGUGGCUGAUCUCCCUGCUGAGGGCUUCAAGGGUCUUGGCCCCAAGGUGGUGGAGGACGAGGAGGCCUAA